AUGUCAUCGUCUGUACGUUCUGGUGUUUUAACGUUGCUUCACACUGCUUGUGGUGCUGGUAUCCUUGCAAUGCCAUAUGCAUUCAAACCAUAUGGUCUAAUAACAGGUUUUAUAAUGAUCAUUAUUUGUGGAAUAUGUGCGAUGAUUGGUUUAUUAUUACAAUCAAGAGUAUCAAGCUAUGUUCCUGUAAGAAACGCUUCAUUCUUUACAUUAACUCAGAUAACGAAUCCGAAUUUAAGUAUUGUAUUCGAUUUAGCCAUUGCCAUCAAAUGCUUUGGUGUCGGUGUUUCCUAUAUGAUUGUUGUUGGCGAUGUGCUACCACAAGUUUUAUCUACGUUUACAAAUCACGAAUGGCUGCUUAACAGAAAUGUUAAUAUUACAUUGGUAAUGCUGUUCAUCGUGACACCGUUAUGUUUCCUCAAGAAUUUGAAUUCACUAAGAUAUGCUUCGAUGUUGGCAAUCUCAUCGGUUGCUUAUUUAUGUGCUUUGGUUUUAAUUCAUUUUAUUAUGCCAAAUGAUGAAACCCAUAAUUUUAAAGGCGACGUCUCUUGGGGGUUACCCAAAAAUGGAUUAAAUCCAUUGACAACGUUACCCAUUUACGUCUUUGCAUAUACCUGCCACCAUAAUAUGUUUUCUGUUAUCAAUGAACAAAUGGAUCCAACUUACAAUAGUGUCAAGAAAAUCGCCAUUAUAUCGAUGAUACUAGCUGGUUUCCUAUAUAUACUAAUCGGCGGAGCAGGUUAUUUAACGUUUGGUGAUCACAUUACUGGUAACAUUAUAACGUUGUACCCGCAAAAUAUUUCCACAACCAUUGGUAGAAUAGCUAUAAUUUUCUUGGUUACUUUAGCUUUCCCAUUGCAAUGCCAUCCUGCUCGUGCAUCAAUCAACCAUAUCAUACACUAUUUCAAACCAGCUCAAGACAACAAGAAUUCAAACCCAGCUGGGUUCUCAGAGACCACAACCCUAAUGGAUAACCAGUCCCCACCCCCACCAGCAAUUCUGCAACAGAUAACUCAAGACCCAUUAACAAUACCAACCGAAGAGCUUAUAGAAGAAGAGUACCCAGAACAAGACCACCCUUUCGAAACGAUACCACUGGAACAAAGCCAAUUCACAAUCAUUACAAUAGGUAUCCUGGUGUCUGCAUACUUCUUGGCAAUCUCAGUUACUUCAUUAGCAAGAGUCCUGGCAAUCGUAGGUGCAACAGGUUCAACUUCAAUAUCAUUCAUACUACCAGGAUUAUUCGGUUACCAAUUAAUAGGCUCAGAGUACAAGAAUUUCAAUGAAAUGCCAAUCAAGACAAAAGCAACUAAAAUAGCUUCUGCUGUUCUAGUGACUUGGGGAACCUUUAUAAUGUUCGCAUCAUUGUUUGCAUCAUUGUUCCUGGGUGCCUCUCAUUGA